AAGCUGCACUAGCAGAAAAAUGGGGAGGUUUAAGAUUAAUGUUUUGGCGUUUUUAUUACUUUUUGUGGGAAAGUUUAACACACUGGCCCUUCAGGAUGUAACAGUCGACCUUUUCGGUGCCGAAAACUACGGGACUGUGGCGGCGUUUGGAGACUUGAACUCGGAUAAACAGACAGACAUCUUCAUCAUCAGAGAGCAGUCUGAACUGGUGAUAUUCCUGGCUGACCCGAAAGCACCUUACUUCAAGCCCAAAGUUCACAUCACCAACGACAUUUUACCCGGUGACAACCCCAUCACCAGUGUAGUUCCUGGUGACUAUGAUGGAGACUCUCAGAUGGAUGUACUUCUCACAACUCAGACUGUCGCCAAGAUGGUGUCUGUUUACAUUUUCUGGGGGAACAACCAGACAUUAGAUGUGGGCGGGUGGCUGAAGCUGAAUAAGACCUUUAAAGAUCAGCCUCUCGUUAUGGAUUUCAAUGGGGACAUGAUCCCAGAUAUUUUCGGAGAAACCAUCCAGCCAUCCAUUGAAGUCUGCUAUCUCUCCAACAGAAAUCCACUGUGGCAGAAUGCAUUGACUUCAUCUGUCAGCAUGCGCAUCCCUCACUCUAACGCUUUCAUUGACCUCAACAAGGACUUCACCGCCGAUUUAUUCCUGACAACCGAAGGGUCCAAGUUUGAGACGUGGAUCAGCAAGGACGGGAACUUCACCAAAUCGGACAUCUUUACAGCAGAGCCGCCAGUCAAGAACGUCGGACAGUCCUCCUUUGUAGAUUUUGAUGGCGAUGGCAAGCAGGACCACCUCCUCCCAGUGUGUUUGGACGACACCUGUCAGCGCAGUGCCAUCUACCUGGCCAAGUCGGGCUUGAAAGAGUGGGUACCCGUGCUGUUUGAGUUCCAGCAGAGGGAUACAGUAUGGAGCUUUGUGCAAGGGACACCCAACCAGCCCUUGGCCCUGCACCUCGGGGACUACAACCUGGAUGGCUUCCCUGAUGCCCUGGUGGUCCUCCGCAACACUAGUGGCAGCGGUCAGCAGGCCUUCCUGUUGGAGAACGUACCCUGCAACGACCCCAAAUGUCAGAGCAUAGGGAGAAUGUUCCACAUCCACUGGGACCAGUCAGAUUUGGGCGCCAUCCCAAAUGCCGUCAUGGCAACGUUCUUUGACAUCUAUGAGGAUGGUAUAUUAGACAUGCUGGUUCUAAGCCAGGCAGAGGGCAAAAAAGACUUGAUCAUCCAUGCUUUGAAGAACAAUUUUGAAGCCGAUGCCUACUUCGUUAAAGUGAUGGUGCUCAGCGGCCUCUGCUCCAACGACUGUCCGGACGACGUCAAGCCUUUUGGUGUUAAUCAGCCAGGUCCUUAUGUCAUGUACACCACAGUGGACUCCAACGGCUACAUGAAAAACGCCUCAGCCGGUCAGUUGAGCCAGUCUGCUCACUUUUCCCUCCAGCUUCCGUACACCGUGCUGGGCCUCGGACGCAGCGCCAACUUCCUGGACCACCUUUUCGUCGGCAUCCCACGGCAACCCGGAGAGACGGACAUCAGGAAGCAGGAGUGGACGGCCAUCAUCCCCAACUCUCAGCUCAUCGUCAUCCCCUACCCGCACAAUAGACCCCGCAGCUGGAGCGCUAAGUUAUACCUGACUCCUAGCAGCAGCGUGUUGCUGACGGCCAUCGCGCUGAUCGGAGUGUGCGUCUUCAUCCUCGUCAUCAUCGGUAUCCUCCACUGGCAAGAGAAGUACACACACAGAUUUACACUCAGUCUCAUUUCAAGGGCCAAUAAAUGGAUCCUCAUUUGCCCCAAAAUGGUUCUUUUUGAUAUUUUUCAGUCCUCGAGUCAGAUGUGAAAUAUUCAUGUCCCAUUUCAUUUAUUCAUUCCAGUGUUAGAAGUACAGGAGCUGCAACAAGGCCAUGGAGACACGGAGGGAAAAUCUAAUGUAGAUCACUCACAAGUUUUAAAGCUGAGAUUUCUCAGGACUGACUAUAGUCAGCAGCGUGAUCAUCACUGGUUGUAUUAAACUAUUUCUAACAAAAUGACACAGAUUCCUGUUAUUACGCCCAAUAAGCCACUCCAAUAUUCUAAGUUGUUGUUUAUAUCUGCUCACUGGAAGAGAAGCACAUUUGAGCACCAUGUGUGGAAAUGUGCUACUUUUGUUACUUGAAAUGAAUGUGCGUGUUACUGUUCAUUGUCUUUGUGUAGUCGAUCCACCUCUGUCUGAGAAAGUGUAAUGAAAACCUUCAGAUUGUAUUACCUGUAAAAUGAAAGAAAUUUGAAUCUCUCUGAUAUCGAUCUCUGCAAGAAAAUGGACACAUGCGACAAUAAUUCAGCGGAACGUUUUUCUGCUACCAAUCUCAUCAAAAAUGAUUAAUGGCCUUCAGGUCGGCUGAGUGCAAAUUCAUCUUUUCUCUCAGUUGAUCACAGUAUCACAGUGUGUCACGGAGAGUGCCAAAAAAAGAGGAAUUUCUAUGUUGCAUCUUGUAAGUUUCUGUGUUCGCUGCAUCAAAGCUCAGCAAAUAUGCUCGUCCUGCUGAAUAAUGCGCAAUUUACCCCAGCUUGUUUAGAGGUGUUCUUCGUUUUCAUUGACUUUUUUAAAAUCUAAUUGGGCCGAACGCUCUGUCUGGUUUGUUCCGAUAUUUAUUUUACAUGAAUGAGCUCACACCUUUCCAAGCGGUUUGCACUUUUUUUAAAACUAAUGAUUAACUGUGGGUGUAUGUAAUUUAUUUUAUUCUGUGAAUUUGAUUUGCAAAUGAAUGUUCGAGCAAUGUGUUUACUUACUGAAGUUGA